UUAUUGCUGGUGUAUCACAUUGCAGGUUGCAUUCAUGAGUUCUAGGAAAAGUCAUGCUUAGAUUUCCUGGAAUGCGAAAGGCUGUUUCGCUCAGGAAUACCCAUCGAACAUUGCAUGUAUACGGAAAUCCGCACUUACAAUGUCGUGUAGCCACCAUAUUUCAAGAAUUGAGUACACUCGUACAGUGGAGCUCGGCAAAGGAGCUUUUGGAACUGUCCACAAAGCACACGAGAAAGAACGAGGGACACUUUAUGCAGUGAAAGAUAUCAAAUGCGUCAACAACGAAGACCUCAACAACGCUAUAACCGAGAUUAAAGCUCUGGGGAAGUUAACUCAUGUGAAUAUUAUCAAACUUUACAACGUUCAAGUCUCUCAGAGUGCUCCAUUCGAAGCGACUUUAAGUCUUCUUCUCGAGUAUUGUAGCAAGGGUAACCUAAACGAACAAUUAAAAAACGAGAGCACCAGUACAGAGAAUUUUCAAUGGAUGAGGCAAAUACUGGCUGCUGUGGCGUUCCUGCACAAAAAUAACAUCGUUCAUCGAGAUUUGAAACCUCAGAAUGUGCUGUUGACGUCCGGAGGUGUGGUGAAGCUUGCAGAUUUUGGUUUGGUGGAAUACUUUGGAAGGAAAAAUGAUGAUCAAAGCUGGUACGACUAUUAUUUGAAUCUCGGAGUGGGUCAGGGAUGCUAUGUUGCACCAGAAGUCUUAGAGGAACAUUAUACGUAUAAAGCUGACAUCUUUGCUCUUGGGGUCAUUUUUUAUGCGAUCCUCGAACGAACUUUUAUCGUGGUCGAUGAUGAAAGACUUUACGGAAUCUUCGUUGGUAGCAAUCGUCAGCCUCUUGGCAUCUUAAUGUUUAACAGCAAACGUGAUGUUAAUUUGCCGUUUACCAAAACAACUUCGCCAGCAAUCACGGAGUUGCUGAAUAGAACACUGAAAUAUGAGUACAAAGCGAGACCAGAUGCCAAUGAGAUUGGAGUAAUUUUGAGACAAUGUUUGUCUAGACCAUGGCCAUGUAUCAUACUUUGACUUUUCUUUUUUUUUGCACGUUUGCAAACGUGAAUCCAAGCAGACUUACUAUUGGGUAGACAUUUACGAUGAUUGAAGCCGUAGUUAUCGAAGUGCGAAACUUAUGUAAAUUUGUCUCAAGCCGUGUUGUAUAGUGUUGUAUAGUGUUGUAUAUUUUGAAGGCUAGUAAUCAUAGAACAUGC